ACUGAGCAUCAUGGCAACCGUGCCGACCACAACGAAGGUCCCAGAGAUCCGAGAUGUGACGAGGAUUGAGCGGAUCGGCGCCCACUCGCACAUCCGGGGACUGGGGUUGGACGAUGCCCUGGAGCCACGGCAGGCUUCCCAGGGCAUGGUGGGGCAGCUGGCAGCUCGGCGGGCAGCAGGCGUGGUCCUGGAGAUGAUCCGUGAGGGCAAGAUCGCCGGCCGGGCCGUCCUCAUUGCUGGGCAGCCGGGUACUGGGAAGACGGCCAUUGCUAUGGGCAUGGCACAGGCCCUGGGCCCCGACACCCCGUUCACCGCCAUUGCGGGCAGUGAAAUCUUCUCCCUGGAAAUGAGCAAGACUGAGGCACUCACGCAGGCCUUCCGGCGGUCCAUCGGGGUUCGAAUCAAGGAGGAGACAGAGAUCAUCGAGGGGGAGGUGGUGGAGAUUCAGAUCGACCGGCCAGCCACGGGGACCGGCUCCAAGGUGGGUAAACUGACGCUGAAGACCACAGAGAUGGAGACGGUCUAUGACCUGGGAACGAAGAUGAUCGAGUCGCUGACCAAGGACAAGGUCCAGGCAGGGGACGUGAUCACCAUUGACAAGGCCACGGGGAAGAUCUCCAAGCUGGGCCGCUCCUUCACUCGCGCCCGGGACUACGAUGCCAUGGGCUCCCAGACCAAGUUCGUGCAGUGCCCAGAUGGGGAGCUGCAGAAGCGCAAGGAGGUGGUCCACACGGUGUCCCUGCAUGAGAUCGACGUCAUCAACUCACGCACACAGGGCUUCCUGGCGCUCUUCUCGGGGGACACAGGCGAGAUCAAAUCCGAGGUCCGAGAGCAGAUCAACGCCAAGGUGGCCGAGUGGCGCGAGGAGGGCAAGGCGGAGAUCAUCCCAGGGGUGCUGUUCAUUGAUGAGGUGCACAUGCUGGACAUCGAGAGCUUCUCCUUCCUCAACCGCGCCCUGGAGAGCGACAUGGCCCCAGUGCUCAUCAUGGCCACCAACCGCGGCAUCACCCGCAUCCGGGGCACCAGCUACCAGAGCCCCCACGGGAUCCCCAUUGACCUGCUGGACCGGCUGCUGAUUGUGUCCACGACACCCUACAGUGAGAAGGACACCAAGCAGAUCCUGCGGAUCCGAUGUGAGGAAGAGGACGUGGAGAUGAGCGAGGACGCGUACACGGUGUUGACACGCAUCGGCCUCGAGACGUCGCUUCGCUAUGCCAUCCAGCUCAUCACGGCCGCCAGCCUAGUGUGCCGCAAGCGCAAGGCCACAGAGGUGCAAGUGGACGACAUCAAGCGCGUGUAUUCGCUCUUCCUGGAUGAGUCUCGCUCCACGCAGUACAUGAAGGAAUACCAGGACGCCUUCCUCUUCAAUGAGCUCAAAGGGGAGACCAUGGACACCUCCUGACCAGCCAGCGACCCCCUACCCCUCCCCCCCUUUUUUUCUACAGUAGUUCUGACGUUUGAUUUUGUAUAAAAUGGCGGGCACCCCACGCCCAAAGACA